GAUGUUGUCUGCUAAUGUUGCUUGUUGAUGUUGUAUAUUAAUGUUGCUUGUUGCUCUGGCAGGUGGAUAGUCAUGCGGCGGAUAGCGUUCAUCGUCGCGAUGCUGUACGCCUUCAGAUGCAUCACCAUGUUUGUCACAAUCCUCCCCGUGCCUUCAGAGGAGCUGAAAUGCUCACCAAAGACGGGCCUAUCGGUGAACGUGGUCGUGCGGCGGGCCAUCAAGCUGCUCAGUGGCUUCGGCUUGUCCGUCACGGGCGUGCACAACCUGUGCGGAGACUACAUCUACUCUGGACACACGUUCAUCCUCAUCAUGACCUACAUGUUCAUACGAGAAUACACGCCGCGCAGCUUUGUGAUACUGCACUGGCUCACGUGGCUGAUGUGCUGCGUCGGCGUGUUCUGCGUGCUCGCGUCGCACGAACACUACACCGUCGACGUCGUGCUCGCGUACUACAUCUCGACGCGGCUGUUCUGGUGUUACCACACGCUCGCCGCCUCCAGGGAACUCAAGCAGAAGCAGACGCCGUCCAACUACCUGACGCGCAACUUCUGGUUCCCGAUCUUCGUCUGGUUCGAGCGCAACGUCGGCGGGCCGCUGCCGAAGCAGUACUCGUGGCCGUUCCCCUGUCCCAAGUACGUCGCGUCGUGGAGCACCGAGUACCCUGCCUGAUGAUCACCGCUCGCUCCCCGUCGCCACCCCCGCCGCCGCUCGUCUUUCUACCGUCGCGCGCGCGUCUGAUGUGAUGCCGCGCGGGGGAGGACCGUGCGAGCGUCUGCACCGCCGCCUGCUAUUGGACCGCCGCCGCCGCUCGUCUUUCUACCGUCACAGGCGUCUGACGUGAUGCCGCGCGGGGGAGGACCGUGCGAGCGUCUGCACCGCCGCCUGCUAUUGGACCGCCGCCGCCGCUCGUCUUUCUACCGUCAUGCGCGCGUCUGACGUGACGCCGCGCGGGGGAGGACGACAUCGCCGGCGGUGGAUCUCCGCCGAUCUUCAUCGUCGACGCGUUUAUAUCGAGUGCAGGCUUCCAGCCGCGGUACGCAAAGUAUUAUUUCGAUCGCGGCGCGUGUGCGGCGCCCGCUCGCCCGAGUCGCGAUUGGCGAAUCGCGGCGCCCCCUAGUGCACUCGACGGACACAAGAUUUUGCGCACAACGGACAAUCGUGUAAUGAAAGCAGUCGUCGCGGUGGAUCGUCGGCGGAAUAACCGACGCGGAGUACGCGGAAGAGUUUUCCUACUGCCGGAUCGGAAAUCCACCGAGGUGUCUCCUUGUGUGUCGGUGGCAGAGCUGAACUCGUGCGUGCGUGCGUGCGUGCGGGGGUGGAGGGGGGGGGACAUGGAGCCGGCAAGGAGCUUCUGUGUUGUGAUAUAUUUCUUGCCAUCCUUUUUUCGUUUUGCGCUUCGUGCCGUCGGCUUUCAGGCGCACUACUCGCCCACAGGCGGCGCCGCGAACAAUGCGGCUCGCGCGACGCCGCCGCUCGAGGGCCGCGGGAGGCGCCUCGUCGCCGCGGGAGACGUUUCGAGGCGAGACGCGUGACGCCUCGCCGUCUCUGCCGUCGCUUGUCCUCGCGUCGCUGUAAAUAACGUGUGUGUGUGUGCACGUGUGUAUUUUUGUCUCGCAUGUUGUCUCCGGAUGAACUAACUCGCGUUCCCUCCCUCCGUGCGAGCGGAGACGACGACGGCGACGACCUUGACGAUGACCUUGCGAUGGUGACCUUGCGAUGGCGGCGUCCGGCGACCCGGCUUCCCUGGUCGACCACGCUGUCAGAACGCCCGGUGCAUUCGUCGCAAACCGACGUGGCCGAAGCCACUGGUCUGCAUGCAAUCCCUCUCGCCUUCUAUAUAAGGCUGGCCCAGUCAUAGAGGGGAUAUGCCAGAAGUGGCCUUUAUGGAAAGGUGGCCUUCCUGCAGAGGUGCUUUCGCUAUGUGACUUAUGGGAGAGGCGAGUCAUGUUAGACGUGGCCUGUACGAGCAGGCGGCCGGCCUUUCUGUGGAGGUCGGCGUCUGCGGAGAAACGACCGCUAUCACGGAGGGUUUCGCCGCGCGUGCAGAUCAAUGGCCGACGCUCGGGAGGAGCCAAUCGCCCUCGCCGUGCGGCCGACCGUGAAACAAGCGGUGCUGCCCCCUCGCACGCCCGCGAUUUCUCGAUCGGGGCGGCGAGAGUUUCGGCCACGCAGGGGGCGCCACGCGAUGUUUCUCGCCGUGUUGUCGUCGUUGCGGGGGAGG